AUGGCAAAGAGUAGGGAAGUGGAGAAAGAGCAAGAGUUAAGCCCGAAACCGAUGCAAGAUAAGAAACAAUCGGGAUCCACUGAUGAUGUAAGUGAGAAAGCAAAGGUAAUUCCACCUCCCUUUCCUACGCGUUUUCAAAUGUCUAACAAAGCUAGAGAGGAAAAGGAAAUCCUAGAAACUUGUAGGAAGGUUGAGGUAAAUAUCCCUCUUUUAGACGCAAUCAAGCAAGUCCCUCGUUACGCUAAGUUUUUGAAAGAAUUGUGCACCAACAAAAGAAAAUUUAGGGGUAACGAGACUAUUAAUAUGAGUGAGAAUGUUUCUGCCGUGCUUCAAAAGAAGCUACCCCCAAAGUGCAAAAAUCCAGGUGUUUUCACCAUUCCUUACGAAUUGGGGAAUGUUACAAUCAAUAGGGCUAUGCUUGAUUUGGGUGCAUCUAUCAAUGUGAUGCCAUUUUCUAUCUUUAAGACUCUAAAUGUAGGCCCCUUACAAGAAACCGGGGUGGUCAUUCAAUUGGUCGAUAGGUCCCUUGUACACCCGAAAGGGGUAUUAGAGGAUUUAUUGGUUCAAGUGAAUGAACUUGUUUUCCCCGCUGAUUUCUAUGUCAUUGAUAUGGAGAAGAAUUCACAUCCAAAAUCCACAUCCAUCUUGUUAGGGAGGCCAUUUUUGAAAACUUCGAAAACAAAUAUAGAUGUUCACAAUGGCACACUUUCCAUGGAAUUUGAUGGUAACAUGAUCCAUUUUAAUAUCUAUGAAGCCAUGCGUUUUCCAAGUGAUGUAUCCUCUCUAUGUACCAUUGACAUUAUUGAACCUAUUUCUCAAGAGUUGUUUGAACUAACACAUUUUGAUGCUUUAGACACAAUCUUGAGUAGAUCUUUGAAUGAAGCAAGAAUAACCAAAAUCAUGAAGAAGAUUGAGCUCAGACCCGAGUUUCACGAGCUAGUAGCUUUUAUGGAUCAAAAGAAGAUGUCAAGGUAUGAUAUAGCUCAAGUUUUGUUACCACCAUCUAACAAAAAGCUAUUUCCUUCCGUUUUGCAGGCACCGGAACUAGAAUUAAAGAAACUUCCCGAGCAUCUCAAGUAUGCAUAUCUAGGAGAAGGAGAGAAGCUACCACUCAUCAUUUCAAGUAGAUUAGACUCAUCCGAGGAAAAGAAGCUUGUUUCCAUGCUAAAACAAUUCAAGGAGGCCAUUGGGUGGACGAUAGCCGACAUAAAAGGCUUGAGCCCAUCAACUUGCAUGCACAAGAUUUUGAUGGAGGAUGACUUCAAGCCGUUCCGCGAGGCUCAAAGGAGGUUGAAUCCAUCCAUGAUGAAGUUUGUAAAGAAAGAGAUUCAAAAGUUGCUGGAUGCAGGUUGUUCCAAAGAAGGUCGGGGUGACAGUAGUGGAAAACGCCGAGGGAGUGAUGGUUCCAACAAGAGUACAAAGUGGUUGGAGGGUAUGCAUAGAUUACCGACGGUUGAACGCCUCAACCCGCAAAAUCACUUCCCUCUACCUUUUAUCGACCAGAUGCUCGAGAGACUGGCAGGUUUCUAUAGGCGCUUCAUUAAGGAUUUCUCAUGCAUUACCCGAUCGAUGUGCAAUCUACUUCAAAAGGAUGUGGAGUUCAAGUUUGAUGAGAUAUGCAAGGAAGCUUUUGAUAAGCUUAAAGAGAUGCUUACAUCCGCCCCCAUUAUGAGACCACCGAAUUGGGAUCUUUCCUUUGAGAUUAUGUGUGACGCGAGCAACUAUGCUAUCAGAGCGGUACUCGGGCAAAGGGUUGGAAAGAACCCGCACGUUGUUUAUUAUGUUUCGAGAACCCUCGAUAGUGCGCAAGCAAACUACUCCACCAUGGAGAAGGAAUUGCUUGCGGUUGUCUUUGCAUUAGAAAAUUUUCGUCAAUAUCUCUUAGGUACUAAAGUUAUUGUUUUUACAGAUCAUGCAGCGUUGUGGUAUUUGAUGACAAUGAAGGAUACCAAACCAAGGCUCAUACGAUGGAUUUUGUUGCUCCAAGAAUUCAACCUGGAGAUUAGAGACAAAAGUGGAACRCAGAAUUUAGUAGCAGAUCACUUGAGCCGGAUUGUCUCCAAUGAAGAGCCGUUACCGUUAGAUGACAAGUUCCCAGAUGAGCACCUUUUUGAGGUGAAGACCACAGUUCCUUGGUAUGCCGACAUAGUUAACUACCUAGUCACCGGGACCACACCUAAAGAGCUACCGAGCUCGAAGAGAGACAAGAUAAAGAGUGACUCCAAAUACUACAUGUGGGAUGAUCCUUACUUGUGGAAGAAAGGGUCUGAUCAAAUCAUCCGACGAUGUGUAGGUAAUGAUGAGGUAACCUCUAUUUUAGAAUUAUGUCCUUCUCAUGCAUGCGGUGGCCAUUUUGGCCCAACAAGGACAGCUCGUAAGGUUCUCGAGAGUGGCCUCUUUUGGCCACAUAUUCAUCGAGACGCAUAUAUGUUUUGUAAAGCUUGUCCUCGUUGCCAACACACCGGAAAUCUUAGUCGUAGGGAUCAAAUGCCUUUGACCCCCAUUCAUGCUUGCGAGAUUUUCGACGUGUGGGGGAUUGAUUUCAUGGGCCCUUUCCCAUGUUCUUUUGGUUUCUAUUACAUCUUACUUGCUGUCGAUUACGUCUCWAAAUGGGUAGAGGCGAAAGCGACAAGGACUGACAGUGCAAAAGAUGUUUCAGAUUUUGUGAAAGAUAAGAUUUUCUGCAGAUUUGGAGUCCCGAAAGUGGUGAUAAGCAAUAUGGGCACUCAUUUCGUCAACAGUGUGAUGGCGGCUUUAUUCAAAAAGUAUGGUGUAAAGCACCGUAUAUCUACCGCCUACCACCCACAGACAAAUGGGCAAGCGGAGGUGUCGAAUCGGGAGAUCAAGCAAAUUUUGGRAAAAACGGUAAACCCAAGUAGGAAAGAUUGGAGUUUAAGGCUCAAUGAUGCAUUAUGGGCUUAUCGGACCGCCUACAAAUCCCCGAUAGGUAUGUCCCCUUUUCGUUUAGUGUACGGGAAAGUUUGUCAUCUUCCCGUUGAGUUGGAACAUAAGGCCUUUUGGGCCGUGAAAAAUGUCAACUUGGACAUUGACAAAGCCGGUAUUCACCGAAAACUCCAACUCCAAGAAUUGGAAGAGAUACGCAAUGAUGCGUAUGAGAGUAGUUCUAUAUAUAAAGAAAAGACCAAAGUUUUUCAUGAUAAAAUGUCUUCUCGUAAGACAUUUGUUCUAGGUCAAAAGGUCUUACUUUUUCACUCUCGACUCAAGUUAUUUCCUGGAAAACUUAGGUCCCGGUGGGUGGGACCAUUUGUUGUUACUAAUGUUUUUAGUCAUGGUGCAAUAGAGAUUAAAAGUGAGAAAACGGGAAAAGUGUUCAAAGUUAAUGGCCACCGUUUAAAGCCAUUUUAUGAAGGUUUUAAACCUCUUGAUGUGGAGGUUUUCAAGAUGGAGGUGCCGGAGGGAGGAUCCACUUAG